AUGUCUUCGUCUGAGCCUUCUGUCCUUCUUCCGACUGAAAUCUGGCACAGGAUCAGUAGUUUGUUGUCGAAAAGCGACGUUAUUAAUCUAUCAGAGUCCAGCACUUACUUUCUUUGCAUGAUUCGGCCUUUAUUUUACCGCAAGAUAAACCUCUUCCAGAACCAUCAAGUUAUCACCACUCUUUCACUUCUCGGGCGCGACAAAGAACUAGCAGGGGUCGUUUCAGAGUUGUCACUUCGAGCUAAUCAGCCUAUCGCAAAACAGCGAAGAUGCCUGAUCAAUCUCAACGCGAUGAAGAACAUGACCGGGAUGAAGACAUUGACUCUAUUAGGUGACAUUUUGUGGAAUAGCGACGGAGACGAGACAACGCAACUUUUCGAAAUUCUGCACGAAAUGAGGGAUUUGAAGGAGUUCAAUGUUGAUCUGGCAUGGAAACCAGACGAUAUACCACUGUCUGAGAACCAACUCGGCAAGAUUCAGAAGCUGGAAGUCAUUAGAUGGACAUGUCAUGGCCCACGUUCAGAAAUCUUGUUGCAUUCGUUACUCUCCGGAUCGCUCGACUCGUUACAUACUCUCCAUAUCUCCCUUUCAACAUUCGACGAAACAACACAAGCACUCCUUUUCAGCCUUCGUUUCCCUCGCUUGGAAUCACUCACCCUUCGAGACGUAUCCGAAGGUGACCCACUUGGUGAACCAUUUAUUAGGUUUAUUAUUGGCCAUGAUACGUUAACGCACCUGGAUCUUAACUACUUGAUGGGUCGCACCUCUUCAUUACGAUUCAACGAUGAUAUUCUCGACGCCUUCAAAGCCAAUCCAUCUACGAUUCUUCCCCGUCUCAAAAGUUUUCGUGGAGAUGCUACCUCAGUGGGAGUCAUGGCACGGGCAGGACUAUCUUGUCUAUCCACCAGCCUCGUUAAAUUGGAACUCGGUCCUUCAGGCAACGGGCAUUCAGAGAUUGAGAUGUUGAGAGAGGUCUUGGGGAUCUGUGGCCUUGACGACAUCACUCAGCUAGGGCACUCAAGGGGGAGAUUUGGCGUGCUGAAAGACUUCGGAUUGCAACUCAAGGAUUUUUCGGGUAGCGGGGUAUCGAUGUUCGUUUUCACUUACCUGGCUUCCUUUAUAUCUGCCGCAGCUUCAGUCUCCGAUGAUCCUUUUCCCAAAUCACCGAUCGAGGUCUGGAGGCUCCCCUUUCCGUACGUUAAUUGUCCGGCGGAUGUUCGGACUCCAGAAGAGGUUGCACAUACGUUUAGGGUGUUGAGGAACUUGAAGGUUCUGCAUUUGGAUUGGCGAUUCGUCGGCGAGGAAGAUUUCGAGUCAGAGGUCUGGAUGGAGCAGUUCGUUAAAAAGUGCGGAGAGAAGGUUGAACGCGUGUAUUUUUGUCGAUAUCCUGAUGGUGAUGUUGUCGAGAGCUGGGGAAUUGAGAGGGGAAGAAUGGAAGAGAAUGGCCCGGUGAAGAGUAAACCGAAGAUAUGGCUGGAGUUUCAGAACCAUGAUUGA